CUCUCUUCACUGUCCUUUCGUUGAAUUUGUUCGUUGCCAAGAUCUGGUUUUGCUGCUUCUCUCUCUCUCUCUCUCUCUCUCUCUCACAGACAGACACACAUAUACCCAAACAUUCACAUAGUCAAUAGGGUCAUCAAGAAAAAACUUAAAGAGGGCUUCAACUUCUCCUGUUACUUUGUCUUUUGGAUAUUUCUUUUUUGAGUUUCUAAUUUUGUAUAUAUGCUGAGACUACAAAUUGACUCUCCUCUGAAGGGAAAAACAAGAGUAUAAUUGUGUGAGAUCUGAGCAACUCCAAUUCAGAUAAGGACAAAUUGAGGAAUGAUAAAAAGAUGGGGAGGAAAGGAAGUUGGUUUUCUUCAGUAAAGAAGGCAUUCAGCUCAGAUUCUAAGGCAAAGAGAGCCAAGAAAGCGAAGAACAAAUGGUUUGGGAAAGAAAAGCCAUCCGUUUCCGAAUCUCCAAAAUGGGAGACCGUGGAAGAAUCUCAUCCUCACCCUCUUCCACCUCUGGAAGAUGUAAAGUUGGCAGAAGUCGAGAACGAGCAGACAAAACAAGCUUACUCUGUUGCAGUUGCUACGGCUGUGGCUGCUGAAGCGGCAGUGGCGGCUGCUCAGGCUGCAGCAGAGGUAGUACGGAUUACUACGGUUAGUCAAUUUGCUGGGAAAUCAAGGGACGAAGUCGCAGCAAUUAAAAUCCAAACUGCAUUCCGUGGUUACCUGGCAAGGAGGGCAUUGCGAGCUCUAAGAGGGCUUGUCAGACUGAAAUCACUUGUGGAUGGGCCAACUGUGAAACGCCAAACCGCAAAUACUCUGAAAUGCCUGCAGACUUUAUCUCGUGUGCAGGCUCAGAUUCAAUCAAGAAGGAUCAGGAUGUCGGAGGAGAAUCGGGCACUCCAGAGACAGCUCCUACAGAAACGUGCAAAAGAACUGGAGACUUUGAGAAUGGGAGAGGAAUGGGAUGACAGUCUACAAUCAAAAGAGCAAAUAGAGGCGAAUCUGCUGCAUAAGUAUGAAGCUGCAAUGAGACGUGAAAGAGCACUGGCUUAUUCAUACACUCAUCAGCAAACAUGGAAGAAAUCAGCAAAAUCUACCAACUUAUUGUUCAUGGACCCGACGAAUCCUCACUGGGGCUGGAGCUGGUUAGAACGAUGGAUGGCUGCUCGGUCAUGGGAGUCUCAAAACACAGAAGACCAUAAAGAUCCAAACAGCGAUCGUUUAUCCUCCAAGAGUGCCGUGGGAACUGGUGGAGGAGAAAUAACAAAGUCUUUUGCCCGUCAUCAGCUAAACUCCGAUACUCCUUCAUCACCAGGCACUCAAAAGCCUUCAAGUCACCAGUCCCCCUCGACUCCUUCGAAAGCAGCUUCAUCUGUGGCUGCCCGGAAAUUAAAACCAGCAAGCCCCAGAGGAAGUGUGGUAAGUCAAGAUGACGAGUCAAGGAGCAUUUUCAGUGUACAAUCGGAACGCAAUAGGAGGCACAGCAUUGCCAGUUCGUCGGUUAGAGACGACGAGAGCUUGGCAAGUUCUCCGUCCGUGCCUAGCUACAUGGCACCAACUAAGUCGGCAAAAGCCAAGUCAAGGUUGCCAAGUCCAUUAGGAAUGGAGAAUGGUAGUAAUACACCAGAGAAGGGAUCGAUGGGGUCGGCCAAGAAACGACUUUCUUAUCCCCCUUCACCUGCUAGGCCCCGGCGGCAUUCUGGACCCCCAAAGAUUGACAGUAGCGCCAUCGUCAACAAUGAUUUGAAUGGAACAGUCAACUGACGGACCAUCUCUUUGCCAUAUAAAGCAUGGCAAUAAGCUGUCUGAAUUCAAUGGUGGAGGACAAUAAAGGACAUUGGUAAAGGGUUCAUUUGAUUUGUGAAGUUCUACUUUUUAAAUUGAUAUAUUUAUUCUUUGCAUUGAGGGUUUGUUGUGAGUUUAUUUGUUUUGGUCAUGAGUGAUCCUUUUUUUUGCUAUAGAAAUUUGCAUUCUUCCAAUGUCGUCAGGAUCUGAUGUCAUAUCUGAGAACCAGUUUUGGAUGGGCCAAACAGCUGUUGCGUUUGAGUGAAUCUUGUGAAAAUAUUUCAGUUCUUAUGUAUAUUGUUCUUGUUAUUC